AUGACAAGAAUCGUUUUCCUUUUGUUCAUUUUGGCCACAUGGACUGCUUUGGCAAACUGUGCACGCCCUCAUGUUCAGCCUUUAAAUCCAGAAACAGAUGAAAUGAGAUCUUCAACUGCACCAUCAACCUCACCAUCAAGCCCAGAUUGCACGAAGGCGAUUUAUGCAAUGUCAGAUUGCAUCCCUUUUUUGAGUGAAGGAAUUCAAACCACAUCGCCGGAACGUUCAUGCUGCUCUGGAUAUGAAACUGUUGUCAAAAGUGGUCCUGUUUGCGUAUGUCAAUCCUUUGAGGGUACUGCUGCCAUGGGUAUCCGUUUGAAUAUGACAAAGGCCAUGACUCUUUCUUCAGCUUGUGGGAUCAAGAAUGCUCCUCCCCUAGAUAAUUGUAAUGUUCCUAUGCCUCCUGGUACUGCUCCUGCAAUGUCUCCAAAAUGGGGGAGUCCAUCUCCAAAAUCACAUCCGAAGUUCAAUAUAGUUCCUGCACCCUCAGUUGUCAAAGCUCCUAUACAAUCUCCAGCACCAUCUCCAAGCUCGGGAGCGUAUUCAAUAUCUGCUAAACUUGCCCUUACUGCUCUUAAUAUGCUCGGUGCUGCAUUGUUGUUAUGA